AUGCCCCCAACCGACCUCCCCGAGAUUCAGAUGGAGGCACAGCUUGAGCCCUCGAAGGAGAGCCCAGAACAGAACGACGAGAACACAGAAUCACCUGCAAACCCCAGCCACUCUCAUAAUACGAAUGAUUCAAAGGAUGACUCGACAAAGGUUACAGACUCGCCUGGCCUAGUCCCGCCUCAGCCGGACCCGCUGGCGAGACAAAUGGAAGGGUUAUCAGUGUCAGCAAAGAAUGUGUCGGAGUCUGCGCCUGCACCUGUAUCCCAAGCGAAUACUCCCCCUCCACCUCCUCCUCCCGAAAAAGACGAUGCCUACAUGAACUCCACAGCCCCCUUGGCCCUCACAAUACCGCCAGCAAACGAUCCAAGCUCCACUCCAAGCUCCGAGAAAGAGCUCCCAGACGUACCUGGAGAUAGUGAUCCAGAGUUGGAGAAAGCUAGAAAGAGCGAUGAGUCUCGGGAUGAUGAUAACAGCUCACAGCCGGAGAUUCAGAGUAUUAUGGGUCAAUUCCAGGACCCCGCGCGAGCUACUGAUCAACAGGAGAUACAGGAGAUCAUGUCUCCCCGGCUAGGGCUUGCCGACCAAUUUCGUGGCCACCAACAUCACUUUCCACCUCGCAAGUCAAGUCUAGAAUCUACGCAGCCCACGUCGACUGGAUCUACGGCUGCUUCACCACCGAGCCUUAACCACACCUCACCCGCAUCUCAGCAUCAUCAUACACCCGGCGGCCACGAUGAACCGCCCGCAAUGAGGCGACAGUCAUCUUCUUCAACGGUUCCACCUCCACCAGAGCCCGAGCCCGACCAGAGGUUUGAUUUUCAUCGCUUCCUGGAGCAACUGCGUCACCGGACGGCUGAUCCAGUGGCCAAAUUCCUGCGAUCGUUCCUGAUGGAAUUCGGAAAGAGACAGUGGAUGGUUCAUGAGCAAGUCAAAAUCAUCAGUGAUUUUUUGGCUUUCAUCACGAAUAAAAUGGCCAUGUGUGAGGUGUGGCGUGAUGUGUCGGACAGCGAAUUUGAUAACGCCAAGGAGGGUAUGGAGAAGCUCGUCAUGAACCGCCUGUACUCCCAAACUUUUGCACCGGCGAUCCCCGCCCCACCUACCAUUCCAAGAAGUGCUAGCCGCAGUCGACGAAGAGAAAUCGAGAGGGCCCAUGGUCCUUGGCGGCGUGGUCAACACCAGGAGGAUAUUGAGCGGGAUGAUAUCUUGGCGCAGAAGAUUCGCAUAUACAGUUGGGUUAGCGAGGAGCACCUGGAUAUACCAGUUGUGAGCGGUAGUGGGCGUCGAUUCUUGAACCUUGCUCAACAAGAAAUACUAAAAAUUAAUGGCUACCGAGCACCACGGGAUAAGGUCAUCUGCAUUUUGAAUUGCUGCAAGGUCAUUUUUGGCCUUUUGAAGAACUCUAAAAAGGCCGACACCUCGGCCGAUUCCUUCGUUCCGCUCCUUAUUUACGUGGUCUUGCAUGCGAAUCCCGACCAUUUGGUCUCUAAUAUCCAAUACAUCCUGCGAUUCCGCAACCAAGAAAAGCUUGGCGGAGAGGCUGGAUACUAUCUUUCGUCCUGUCUCACCGUCAGCGACGAAGAAUUCGAGCGCCACGUCGAAGCAGCAGUUCUGGCAAUUGCAGAGAAGAAUCGCGAGCAUGAAUCCAUGCACGAAAAGCCCUUGAACCAACCCACGACCUCGCGCACCCCUCCCCAGUCUGGCCCUCCCCAGCCCGGGCCGAGCCGUAAAGAUGCAAAUCAAUCCAGCGACGAUGAUACAUCUGCACCGGUCGCUGGACUAUUAAGAACCAUCCAAAAGCCCCUCUCCACAAUCGGCCGCAUGUUCUCAGAUGAAUCUGAUGUCGGGGUCCCUCAAGAUCGGCCUCUUCAGCCAGCCACUACCCCUCAACCAGCUCCCGCGCCGCCUCGUCUCACACCGAAUGUCUAUCAGCCCCCGCGCUCCAGUAGCGAAGGGAGACGAUCCGGCGACGAGCGUCCAUUCCCGCAAGAAGGCGCAAAGAAGAACCUGACCCGCGUCCUCGACGCCCAAGACGCAGCCGCUCGCCAAGCUAGUGCAGAAGACGCCGAGGCACGGCGCAUCCAGCGCGCUGAACAUAAUAAUGUUGUCGAAACGCUGUCAAACAUGUUUCCCAACUUAGACCGCGAUGUCAUUGAGGAUGUGGUGAAGAUGAAGGAGGGAAGAGUCGGUCUGGCCGUCGACGCAUGUCUCGCUCUCAGCACUGAGUAG